AAUUACCAGAAAUGAAAUUACGUAUAAAUUAAACAAUAUUAAUAAUUUGAAAUUAUCUAACUUUAUAAAAUUUCUAAAUUAAUAAUUAUCUGCUUCAAAUAUACUUUUUAGUAAUAACUGUGAUAAGAUUAAAUUUAAUUAACAUAGAGCUCCAUCCUGUAACAGUAUAAGUCGAAGAAAUAUCGAGUAUAUAGGUAUGUAAUUGGAAUAUUGUGUUAAAUAUUCAGCACAAACUGUAAAUAAUUGUGCAAGUACAUUUUUUAGUUAACAAUUAAUUUAAAUAUAGAUCAUGGUGUUUGAAAUUCGGAACAAAGUCGCUCUCAUUACUGGCGGAGCUAAAGGUUUGGGAUACAAUUUUGCAAAAGCCUUACUUUCAAAGGGAUUAAAGGGCGUCACUUUGGUCGAUAUCAAUGAAAACGAUGGGAUAUUAGCGGAAAAAGAACUUAACGAGAUCUACGGCAAUGACAAAGCCCUAUUCGUAAAAUGCGAUAUUACAAAUUAUGCUGAAUUCGAAGAGGCUUUCCAGAGGACAAUAAAAAAAUUUCACCAAUUGGACAUCCUUGCUAAUAACGCCGGCGUCGGAUUCGACGGCAUAUGGAGAAAAGAAAUAGACGUUAAUAUCAUCGGCACCAUCAACGGAUUCAUACUAGGAAUGGAUCACUACCUGAACAAAUACAAAAGCACAAACGAAGGAGUUAUCAUAGCCACUUCUUCUACCGCUGGUUUGGGAGGUUACGCUCCCUGGCCGGUUUAUUCAGCCACGAAAUUCGCAAUCACAGGUAUGGUGAAAUCCUGGGGAUGCCAGUUCCACUACCAGCGCACCGGCGUCAGGGUGGUGGAGGUGUGUCCUUGCGCCAUCGCGACGGACCUGUUGAACACAGACGCAUUCUCCUUGAGCCCUCUGUACGAGGGUUCGAUGGAGACCAUCAAAAACGAGGUGGAGCAGGUCCAAAAGCCAGAACACGUGGCUGGGGAGAUGGUGAAGAUGGUGGAAGAUGCUCCAAACGGAUCGAUUUGGGUGGUGGAAGCUGGGGAACCUGCGUUUGAAUUUUCAUUGCCAAAACGCGAGAUUUUCAAGAAGGAAUAAAGUUGUUUAUUUAUUGAGCUCCAGAUGUUUUGCCUGAGUAGUAGAUGCUAUAUUAGAGUUUCUGACUAAAAAAAUA